AUGGCUCCCCUUGAGCAGCAGUGGGUCAUUGUCCAGCAAAAGACCUUUACGAAAUGGCUUAACAGCAAGCUCUCCGUCCGCGGCCUGGUCAUCAAGGACCUGUGCACCGACCUCUCCGAUGGCACCCUCCUCAUCCACCUGCUCGAGAUCCUCUCCCAGGAAUCCCUCGGGAAGUACGCCUCGAAACCCAAGCUGCGCGUCCAGAAAUUUGAAAAUGUCAACAAGGCGCUGGACUUUGUCAGGAGUCGGAGUAUUCAGCUGGUGAACAUGGGCGCAGAGGAUGUCGUCGACGGCAACCGGAAAAUCAUCCUGGGUCUGAUCUGGACCCUCAUUCUCCGCUUCACCAUCAGCGAGAUUUCCGACCAGGGUCUGAGCGCAAAGGAGGGUUUGUUGCUGUGGUGCCAGAGAAAGACCGCCUGCUACGACGAAGUCAAUGUGCGCGACUUUUCCACAAGCUGGAACGACGGUCUAGCUUUCUGUGCCCUGCUCGACAUCCACCGCCCCGACCUUAUCGACUAUGACUCCCUUGACAAGAACGACCACGCCGGUAAUAUGAAGCUUGCUUUCGAGAUCGCUGCCAACGAGAUCGGCAUCCCAGACCUUCUUGACGUCGAGGACGUCUGCGACGUUGCCAAGCCCGACGAGCGUUCGCUGAUGACCUACAUUGCCUACUGGUUCCACGCCUUUUCGCAAAUGGAGAAGGUUGAGAACGCCGGCCGUCGUGUCGAAAAGUUUGUACAGAGUAUGCAGGGUGCUUGGGAGAUGCAGAAUUCCUUUGAGCGUCGCAUGAGGGAGCUGUUGCGCCAGAUUGCGGAGCAAAAGAAGGAGUGGGAGGGAGCUGUAUUUGACGGAACCUACGCCGAUGCAAAGCACCAAGCUGCGCUCUUCACAACCUACAGGAGGUCCAAGAAGCGGGAGUGGGUCGCAGAGAAGUCGGAUCUGGUCAGCCUCCUAGGCAACAUCAAAACAAAGCUCAGCACGUACCGCCUACGUCCUUACACGCCGCCACCGGAGCUCAGUCUGGAGGCUCUGGAUCAAGCCUGGGCCGGACUCAUGGCAGCAGAACGCGCAAGAAGCUCAGUAAUCAACGAAACGAUCAGAGACAUCAAAAAUGCCCUUCGCCGCUCGUUUGCCGACAAAGCGAAUGACUUGGCACUUGCUCUGAACACUUUGUCCGUUUCUUUGUCAGGUCUCGAAGGUGACGUAGAAGAUCAGCGGCAACACACGCAGAAGCUCAGCGAGAACGUAAAGCCAUUGAAUCAGUUCUUGGAAAUAAUCGCCGAUAUCGACAGGCAAUGCCAGGAGGCUAACAUCGAAGAAAACGACUACACAACAUAUACUUACGACGAGCUGGAGUACGAACUAGACUUGGUGAAAGCUAGCGUCUCGAAGAAGCUUGCUUUCCUCGACAACCAGAUGGUGGCACGUAACAUGACCAAUUUGACACCCAUUCAACUGGAGGAGUUCGAGUCCGUCUUUAAGCAUUUCGAUCGUGAUCUGAGCAACUCGUUGACGGAGCUGGAGUUCUCUGCUGCGCUUGCCAGUCUUGGUCUGGUCUAUGACGAAGAAGAAAUGCACGAGCAGUUCAUGGAGACGAGCGAGGGGAGCAAUUACGUUUCGUUUGAGCAGUUCAUUCGGUUCAUGGUCAACGAGACUGAGGACCAGAACAACGCCGAGCAGGUCUUCGAGAGUUUCAGGGAAGUUGCGGACGGCAAGCCUUACGUCACCGAGCUGGAUCUCCGCCACUCUCUCGUGCCGGACGAGAUUAUCGAGGAUCUGAUCAGGCAGAUGCCAGAGCACAAGGGCCCCGACCUGCAGGAGGACCGCGAUCUGCCCAAGUACGACUACAUUACUUACAUGAAUAACUUCAUCUCGGGCGGCAACCGCGGUAAUGAAGGAGCUAAUGGAGACGCAUCUUAA